GGGCGAUUGGGCGGAUUCGUGCACGCUCAGUGGCGCCGCGACACUACCGGAUUUAAGUUUUGUUUUUCGGUUGGGGUCUCUGACUCGGAGGCUUAGUGUGGCGGGUACAGGUUCCACUAAGUGGAAUUAUGACAGUGGAGGGAAUUAUGUUCCAGCUAGGGGAAGCCCACCAACAAGGGCGUGCAGGCAAGAAAGUUAUCUACAACCAGGGGUACGUUUAGUGGAGCAGAAGGAAAUUAGAGAGGUUGUUUUUUUACAAGAGACAAAUUCACCGAGUUUGAAGAACUUUUGUGGAAGGAGGUGUGAAGAGGACAGCAUGAACUUUACCCCAGUGCGUACCCCCGUCUGCAGAAAACCGACAACUGUCUCCAAACAUGAUGUUCCCUGUGGCUUCAGUGGUCCCACCAAGUGGAAGGGAAUGUCUUUCUUGGAUUCGAUGGAGUCCACUCCCUUGCCUUCCACGGAAGAUCGUCUGGCUGUCCUCUGCCCUUCUCAGGAACUUCUGGAAUAUUACCAAAAGAAGAUGGCUGAGUGUGAGGAAGAAAAUGAAGACCUGUUAAAGAAACUGGAACUCUACAAAGCAGCGUGUGAUGCACAGCAUAAACUGGAAUGGGAUUUGCAGCAGAGGGAGGAAGAGAUUGCUGAACUACAGAAAGCUCUAAGUGAUAUACAGGUCUGCCUCUUCCAGGAGCGGGAGCAUGUUUUACGCCUCUACUCAGAAAACGACCGACUGAGAAUCAGGGAGCUAGAAGACAAGAAGAAGAUUCAGAGUCUCUUGGCUCUUGUUGGCACAGACACUGGAGAAGUGACCUAUUUUUAUAAGGAGCCUCCAAACAAAGUCAGCAUUCACUCAGAGACUGUCAAGGCUGUAGGUAUAUGUGGACAGAAUGAAUCUUCCUCAGCUUUCAGAGCAGAUUCUAAGCUAAACAAAAGAAAACCAGCAAUGAGAGAGAAGGAAGAAAGUUCUGAACAAUACCAGAGAGACAUACAAACACUUAUCCUACAGGUGGAAGCACUGCAGGCCCAGCUGGAAGAGCAGACCAAGCUUUCUAGAGAGCAAGUUGAAGGGCUCAUGGAGGAUAGACGGAUUCGCAUUGAGGAAAUACAAGUUCAUCACCAGAGAAAUCAGGACAAAAUCAAAGAGCUUACCAAAAAUCUCCGUCACACCCAAGAACUUCUCUAUGAGAGCACAAAAGACUUUUUGCAACUCAGAUUUGAAAACCAAAAUAAAGAGAAGUCAUGGAUGCUUGAAAAGGAUCAUUUGAUGUCAAAGAUUAAGCAAUACAGCAUGCAGUGUAAGAAGAAAGAAGAUAAAAUUGGAAAAGUUUGGCCAGUCAUCCAUGAGCCUCAUCAUAACCAAAAUGAAUAUAUUAAGUCCCUCAAGGAUAAGUUAGUACAAGAGAAAAAAUUGUCCAGCAUGUAUCAAGAGCAGUGCAUUUCCCUAGAAGAGGAACUUGCCCGAAUUCGUGAGGAAGAGGGAGCGAGGAGAGAGAUCUUCAAGGAUCGCACUAACAAGAUGGGGAAGCGUUUACAGGUGAUGACAAGACGCUAUGAGGCCUUGGAGAAUCGGCGUAUCUUGGAAGUAGAAGGCUUUAAGACAGAUAUUAAGAUUCUCCGGCAGAAGCUGAAAGACUUGGAACAAAUCCUCUAUAAGGCAACACUUAAUGCCCGGGCAAACCAGGAUCUUGCCAUUCUGUGUGAGGUGCGUGACAGCAAUAGACGGGCACAUAAGCUACAAGGAGAACUGAAGAACCUUAAGUCCAAAGUCUUUGGUCUGGAGAAUGAACUUAGACUCUGUUGAUGUUUACGUUUAGACGUGGCCCUCCUCUGCUUUCUGAAAUCUGAGGAAAAGAUCCUCUUCUCCCAGAAACUAUGCACAGAGUUGGCUAGAAUUGUGAUAUCCGUUAUUAAGAAGACAGGGCUAAGAAUUAGGGACCACUAAAAGAGCCCUUCUUGCAUGCUAAGCUUUAGUUAUCAUUUUUGCUGUCCUGUUAACCUUUUUUGUAUUUUUGGUCUGGAUUAUAACCUGAAUUACUUAGAGACUUUCCCACAUUAUUUCUUCCAUUUAUAAUAUAAUGACAGCUUUUUGUUUUUUUAAGAAGGCAAUGAUGAUGAAAAUUUGGGAAGAAAGUAUUUUUUGCUGUGAGCUUGACUGUCAGUAGUUGAAACUCUGCCUGAGAUCAAGGCAUCUUCUGAAGUUGCCCAAGGCAGCAAAUCACAAUUUGUCACAUGUAAACAGGUAGUAAUUCUGUUAUUUAACUUUCUUCCACUAUGAGCUGAAUUCCUUUUUUGGAUACCCAGUCUCAGGAAGUUUCACCAGAGGGCACUAUAGACCCUAGUCUUGUCUUUUUCUUUCUUUCUUUUUAGCAAAAUGUGCAUCUAGGAAAAUAAAGGUGCCACUUUGGUAAGAGUGAAUGAAACUUCAGUGAUCCUUGUAUGAAAGAUCAUUAUUUUACCAAUAACAUGCUUUUAAAAAAAUAAUUAUAUAUUUUAAAUCAACUCUUUUUCAAUAAAAAUGUAAUUGAAAAGA